CCGUCGCGGGAGGAAGGUUGGGCCGCGCGCGGCGACCUCGCGCCACAGAGCGCCGACCCGGGCCUGGCCUCAGCGCGCCCCUCCGCGCGGCCCCGAUGCUGGACAUGAGCGAAGCCCGCGCCCAGCCACCCUGCAGCCCGUCGGGCACCGCCAGCUCCAUGUCGCACGUAGAGGACUCGGACUCGGACGCGCCGCCGUCCCCCGCGGGCUCCGAAGGCCAGGGCCGGGCGGCGGGCGGUGGGGUCGGCGUCCGGGGCGAGGCAGAGGCGGCGGACGAGCGCUUCCCUGCCUGCAUUCGCGACGCCGUGUCGCAGGUGCUGAAGGGCUACGACUGGAGCCUGGUGCCCAUGCCGGUGCGUGGCGGCGGCGGCGGCUCGCUCAAGGCCAAGCCGCACGUGAAGCGGCCCAUGAACGCCUUCAUGGUGUGGGCGCAGGCGGCGCGCCGCAAGCUGGCGGACCAGUACCCGCACCUGCACAACGCCGAGCUCAGCAAGACGCUGGGCAAGCUGUGGCGCUUGCUGAGUGAGAGUGAGAAGCGUCCAUUUGUGGAGGAGGCUGAGCGGCUUCGUGUCCAGCACAAGAAAGACCACCCAGACUACAAGUACCAGCCUCGCCGAAGGAAGAGUGUGAAGCCGGGCCGAAACGAUGCGGAUGCGGGCACAGAGCUGGGCCACCACCCUGGCGGGGCCUUGUACAAGGCUGACUCAGUCCUCAGCGACUCCCACCACCACAGCGACCACACAGGCCACACCCACGGGCCGCCCACCCCACCCACCACCCCUAAGACUGACCUGCACCCUGGGGGUGCUGGGGGCAAGCAGGAGCUGAAGCUGGAAGGCCGCCGUCUGGUGGACAGCGGACGUCAGAACAUCGACUUCAGUAACGUGGACAUCUCAGAGCUCAGCAGCGAAGUCAUCAGCAACAUGGAUGCCUUCGAUGUCCACGAGUUCGACCAGUACCUGCCCCUCAAUGGCCACUCUGCCCUGCCUGCUGAGCCUGGACAAGCCACAUCUGCCAGCUCUUACGGAGGUACCUCCUACCCCCCCUCAGGGACAGCCAAUGUUGGGGCGUCUCCUGUGUGGGCCCACAAGGGAGCCCCAUCAGCUUCAGCAUCGCCCACCGAGGCAGGACCCCCACGGCCGCACAUUAAGACGGAGCAGCUCAGCCCCAGCCACUACAGCGACCAGUCACAGGGCUCUCCCGGCCGCUCUGACUAUGGCUCCUAUGGCACCCAGGCCAGUGUCACCACAGCCACCCCUGCUGCAGCUGCCAGCUCCUUUGCCGGUGCGCAGUGUGACUACACUGACCUGCAGGCCUCCAACUACUACAGCCCAUACCCUGGCUACCCACCCAGCCUCUACCAGUACCCCUACUUCCACUCCUCUCGCCGGCCCUAUGCCUCGCCCCUGCUCAAUGGGCUCUCCAUGCCGCCCUCCCAUAGCCCCAGCAGCAACUGGGACCAGCCCAUGUAUACCACGCUCACUAGGCCCUGA